GGCAGCGGCCGAGGGGGCGGUGGCUACGAGGCGCGCGUGCAGCAGGCGGAAGAGGCGUCUGUGCGGGCGGCUAGGUCGCUGAGGAACAUCGUUGGGAUCAGCGACUAUCGUCUGCUCCACAAGAUGAGUAACAGCCAUCCUCUUCGCCCCUUCACUGCAGUCGGGGAAAUUGAUCACGUGCACAUUUUGUCUGAACAUAUUGGUGCCUUGUUGAUUGGGGAAGAAUAUGGCGACGUCACAUUUGUUGUGGAAAAAAAGCGUUUUCCUGCCCACAGGGUAAUUUUAGCAGCCAGGUGCCAAUAUUUUCGAGCACUGCUGUAUGGUGGAAUGAGAGAAUCUCAGCCUGAAGCAGAAAUCCCUCUCCAAGACACCACUGCGGAAGCGUUCACGAUGCUGCUCAAAUACAUCUACACAGGGCGGGCGACGCUGACAGAUGAGAAGGAGGAGGUGCUGCUGGACUUUCUGAGCCUGGCUCAUAAAUAUGGAUUUCCAGAGCUGGAGGAUUCUACCUCUGAGUAUCUCUGUACCAUACUUAACAUUCAGAAUGUCUGUAUGACUUUUGAUGUUGCCAGUCUCUACUCACUUCCCAAGUUAACUUGUAUGUGCUGCAUGUUUAUGGACAGAAAUGCCCAGGAGGUGCUCUCAAGUGAAGGUUUCCUCUCUCUUUCUAAGACAGCACUUUUAAACAUCGUAUUGAGAGAUUCAUUUGCAGCUCCUGAAAAAGAUAUUUUUUUAGCCUUGUUAAACUGGUGUAAGCACAACUCAAAGGAGGAUCAUGCUGAAAUCAUGCAGGCUGUGCGUUUACCUCUGAUGAGCCUCACUGAACUCCUGAAUGUGGUGAGGCCUUCAGGACUGUUGUCUCCUGACGCCAUUCUGGAUGCUAUUAAAGUCCGAUCAGAGAGCCGGGAUAUGGACCUCAAUUACAGAGGCAUGCUCAUACCAGAAGAAAACAUUGCAACUAUGAAGUAUGGAGCCCAGGUUGUAAAAGGGGAGUUGAAAUCUGCCUUAUUAGAUGGUGAUACUCAAAAUUACGAUUUGGACCAUGGAUUUUCUAGGCACCCAAUUGAUGAUGACUGCCGUUCCGGCAUUGAGAUUAAGCUAGGUCAGCCGUCCAUUAUCAAUCACAUACGGAUACUCCUGUGGGACCGGGACAGCCGGUCUUACUCAUACUUCAUUGAAGUGUCAAUGGAUGAACUUGACUGGAUCAGAGUGAUAGAUCAUUCGCAAUAUCUGUGUCGUUCUUGGCAAAAGUUGUAUUUUCCAGCCCGUGUCUGCCGGUAUAUUCGAAUAGUUGGGACUCACAAUACAGUGAACAAGAUUUUUCACAUUGUGGCUUUUGAAUGCAUGUUUACAAACAAAACCUUCACUCUGGAGAAGGGGCUGAUAGUUCCCAUGGAGAAUGUUGCUACCAUUGCUGAUUGUGCCAGUGUGAUUGAAGGAGUCAGUCGGAGCAGAAAUGCCUUGCUGAAUGGGGACACUAAGAAUUAUGAUUGGGAUUCUGGUUACACAUGUCACCAGCUGGGAAGUGGUGCAAUUGUGGUUCAGCUGGCACAGCCAUACAUGAUUGGGUCAAUAAGGUUGUUGCUUUGGGACUGUGAUGACCGAAGCUAUAGUUACUACGUUGAGGUUUCUACCAAUCAGCAACAGUGGACGAUGGUGGCUGACAGAACUAAAGUCUCCUGCAAGUCCUGGCAGUCGGUGACUUUCGACAGGCAGCCUGCCUCCUUCAUCCGCAUCGUCGGAACACACAACACAGCAAAUGAGGUGUUCCACUGUGUCCACUUUGAGUGUCCGGAGCAGCAGAGCAGCCAGAAGGAAGAAAGCAGUGAGGAACCAGUGACAGGAGACGGCAACCCCGCGGGUCAGCAGCUCGACCCCCACGCCCUGCGGGCCCCCAGCGGCAGCUCGCUGCCCCCCAGCCCGGGCAACUCACGCUCCCCCAGCCGGCAGCACCAAUAG